AGUGCAGCUGUAUUGGCUGUCACCAACGUUUCUCAAUACAUGGACGAUACAGCCAUAAGAAGAAUGGUACUGCCCAAACUCAAAAUGGUGUACGAAACCAAUCCAAACGAUUUGAAAAUUGUCCUAAACAUAUUGGCGUGUCUAGAAAUCAUAUUACACAGGCUUGAAAAGCAACAAAUUAUCGAGGACGUCUUACCACUGAUUUGGAUAGUAAACCAGACCGAUCCCGAAGUUAUAGCAAGAAUAGCAGUUAUAUACAGUAUAAUUUUGCGUGACAAGAAAUACGGUCUAUCAGUAAACAUGAUAGCAACGAAAAUAAUGCCAACGCUGAUUCCACACACAAUGAAUCCCGGUUUGAAUUUAGAGCAAUUCCAAACCCUUAUUGAAGUUCUACAAGACAUGCUGGAACAGAUUGACAGAAACCAACGGAAUAAACUCAAAUUGGAUACAAUAUCCAUGCAGAGCCCAGACAGACACAGGCCUUUAAGACAUUUAUACAGUUCUGACAACAUGCAUGCACAAAACUUCAACAUACCAAACUUGAAAAUUGAAACGCGCAAAACGUCAAGUGCUGAGGAUAUGGUUAGGAAAAAUUCAGCGGGUAGUUGGUGGUUCGGCGGUUCACCUUCCGGUUCCGACAGCAACUUCUUGCGAGUAGUCAGUUCGUUUCCGAAUCGCCGGCUGUCUGACAACAUGUUGAACACGCCGAAAAUCCGCGUGGCGCCGUCAUGUGCCUCUUCGCCCGGAAGCACACCGGUCGGCACCGGUCUGCCAAUCCGGAGACACUCCAACGUCGAGCGCCGCGGGUCCACCAUAAACCUGUCACCGCCAUCGGGCUAUCAGUACUUCAGACCGAUUAACGGACACGAUGGGUCCACAUUGUCGGUGCCAUCAUCGACAUAUCUUGCACGGAGCAUGAUUGGUGGUAGCAUGCCAAACACGAGUAGUAGUGUGCCAUACUUGCUCAGCUCCAGUAUGAACAGCAUCCGGUCAAGGAGGCAGAGUACAUGUUCAAAUAAUUCUAGUACUGGCAUUCUGCAGCAACUAGGUUCCGGUGUGGUGAAACAGUUAUCCACUUUGCAAAAUCCGUACCAACUGUUUAGCGGCAACAAGUGA